UUUUGACGGAACUCAAUGAACGAACACUAUGCAGAUCGAGCAAAAUUAAGUUCCAUCUGUAUCAAAUAUAAAUGGUUUAAAAUGAAAUUAAGAAAUAUUUUUUUACUGCUUACUCUCUUUGUCGUGCACAUCAGAGCAGAUGAAGAAGAAAGAGAUCCUUGGGACAAAUCUACAGAUAAAUAUUGGAAAAACGGAUCCAACAAUGAUGGCUCCAAUCAAACAAAUAUGGACGUAACUGAAGAAACUGAUUCAGAGGUACACACCGUGAAAUCUAGUGUUGCCAAAGGAGAAAGUAAAAAUGUGAACAAAAACGAUGUUGAGAAGAAACCUACUGUUGAUGGAACAAUAAAAAAUAUCAAAAAAAAGAACAAGAAAAAGAAAUCUCUCACAAAAAAGAGUUUUUUCAACAAUCACGGUAACUUUUACCCAGGAAGUAUUUGGGAAUAUCCUUACCCAUAUUAUCAUCCUCAGUACGCAACCGUUUUGUCCGCAGUUAUGUCACCUUGUGCCUGCAAACAAGAAACUGAACUUGGUGCACUAGAUGUUACAAAUCAACUUGAAAGUGAAAGUAGUGCCAAACCUUUAGUAAUUAAAGAUAAAUCUAAACAUUCAAAGUCAAAAACGGCAAAGCGCCAACGGUUACAAAACUUGCCUUACUACUAUUCAACUACAGGCUGGGGAGGUCUACCCAAUUAUAACCCAUUAAUUGAAAAAAAUUCACCUAUAGUUAUUUGGGUUCCAUAUAAAAAGAAAAGCAGCGUUUACGCAACGCGUCAAUUGGUACCCAGUCACUACUAUGGACCGCCAAGUGCUGGUUGGGGAGGAUUUCAACCAGGGUAUACUGGAGGAGGCUGGGGUGUACCAUAUUGGUAUAAAAAAAGUAAUCCCUUGCAUCAUGUAAGACAAUUGGUACCCAGUCAUUAUUACGGACCACCAAGUGCUGGUUGGGGUGGAUUUCAACCAGGUUAUACCGGAGGUGGUUGGGGUGUUCCAUAUUGGUAUAAAUCAAACGUGGAAAGGCCAGAAAAGCAAAGCAAAAAAAAAAAAAGUUCAAAACACGUUCGUGCUUCAAGAAAAUUCUUAGUAGCUAAUGGAUAUGCACCUAUUUUAGAUAACAACUUACACGGCUUUCAAAAUGAAAUCCAAACACCCAUAUAUAAUGGACGUUUGCAAAAUUUUGGUCCGAUAGAUAACUUGAAUUACCCAACAAUGAGAGCAACAAAUGAAAUAGACAAUAUUGAAUUGUUUAACAAUCCUAACAGCUUACAACAAAUGAAUGCUUAUUCUGAUGACAUGAGAAAUCAACUUGCUUACCAACCUAAUCGAAUAAUAAGUGGUUCCAUAAACGGACUAUUACAUAAACCAAAUUCUAUUUUAACCGCGGAAAAGAAUUACCCUAAUCCAUUCGUUUUAAACAACUUUGCACAUAAUAAUUUGUUAUCACAUGAAGGUCUUGUUCAAUCACCAAGUAACCCAGCAAACUCUUUAGAUUUCUCAAUUUGGCACGGUCCAAAUAGUUUAGGAGGUUCUGGAUGGGUUGGUAACGGAUGGGUUGGCAAUCAUAUUGGAUUAAACGCGCUCCAUAAAAUAAUACCUGGACAUGGCAUUGGUAUUCCAAUUAUACCUAAUGACAGGCCUCUUGAAAAUAUACGCCAAUAAAGAUUAUUAAUAAAAAAUGUGAAUAAAUAAAAUUUUAAAAGGUAUUAUGAACGUUAAA